AAAUGCCAAUUGUACAAAUGGAAUGUACAGAAUAGCUUAGGAUCAAUCGUUGUCCCGUUCCUUUCCUUCCUUUCUAACAUAAAUAUAAACAAGGAAAAACAAUUCCUGUAUUGAUUUAAUGCCUUUUGCACCAAGAUACCUUAAACAUGUUACCUUCGUCUCCUUAGUUUAUUUCCUCUUUAUGUUUUCUCCAUCUCUUUGUGAUCCGAGAACUACAGUUGCUAAUGUUUCUUGCAAGUCCAGGGAAAAUAAUGUGGCGAUUAUCGAUCUCUUACCGAAAUUCACUCAACUCAUGGAGAGCCUCAGUGAAUUCAUUCUGGAAAAUAAGGAUGCAACAUAUGCAAUGGACAUGAAUUCACCUCAUAUUUAUGGAUUAGCGAAAUGUCACAACGAUCUUUCUCAGGACGAUUGCAAGCUUUGUUUCAUGGAAGCUAAAGAUCAGCUCGCCCAAUGCAUUCCUUCUCCGGGUGGCUUUGUUUACCUAGACGGUUGUUUUCUUAGAUAUGAAAAUUAUAAUUUUUUCGAUGAGACCAUAGAGAAGAAUUCGUCCAUUUUUGUUUGUGGUGAUCCCACGGAUAUAACGAAUGAUCAGUACAUGAAGAGGGAUUUUGCAGCAAGAGUGGAUCGUUCAAUCGCGAAUGUGACGAGCAUGUCGAUAGUGAAUAAUGGAUUCGGGGCAACGGUUGUGAAAAGUGGUUUGCUUGCUAUCUAUGCAUUAGGACAAUGUUGGGAUUAUUUUUCGUCCGAAGCAUGUACUAAGUGCCUGAAUCAUGCUGGGGAUAUGCUAAGAAAAUGUUUGCCUGCUGCAGAGGGAAAAGCCAUGAAUGCUGCUUGCUAUUUGAGAUACUCUUCUAAUAAAUUCUUCGAUGAUGGAGCACUAGUCAUCGCUGAUAAAGGACCAAAGAAGGGUGUGAAUGUGUGGUUAAUUGCAGCAAUUGCACUAUCGUCUGUCUUGGCAUUAUUUGCUAUUAUAGGAGCUUAUGUAGGCUAUCGAAGAUUUUCUAAGGAGAAAGGAGGUUCAAAGAGGGUUCAUAAGCUUCCACCAACUUAUGAGACGUCGAAACUAAACUUCAAGUAUGAAUUGCUAGAAAAAGCAACAGGAGGAUUUGAUCCUUUAAACAAGUUAGGCCAAGGUGGAUCUGGUUCAGUAUAUAAAGGGACUCUUCCUGAUGGCAAAAAUAUCGCUGUGAAAAGAUUACUGUACAAUACGCGUCAAUGGGCAGAGGAGUUCUUCAAUGAGGUCAAUUUGAUCAGUGGCAUUCAACACAAGAAUGUUGUGAAACUCUUGGGUUGUAGCAUAGAAGGACCGGAGAGUCUUCUGGUUUUUGAUCAUGUAUCCCACAGGAACCUUGAUCAGUUGCUUUUUGAUAAGAACAAGCGUCAAUUUUUAAGCUGGAAACAGCGGUUUGAAAUUAUAUUGGGAAUAGCAGAAGGACUAGCAUAUCUCCAUGAAGGAAGCAAAGCAAAGAUAAUCCAUAGGGAUAUCAAAAACAGUAAUAUUCUUGUUGAUGAUGAACUCGUCCCAAAGAUUUCUGAUUUUGGACUUGCUCGACGAUUUGCUCCCCAUAAAACUCAUGUCAGCACUGGAGUUGCAGGAACCUUGGGAUAUCUAGCUCCUGAAUAUCUUCUUCAAGGAUGUUUAACAGAAAAAGCAGAUGUUUAUUCCUUUGGAGUGGUGGCCAUAGAGGUUGCAUGUUGUAUAAAGAGCAAUGCCUUUGUGAGCGAUUCCGCAUCAGUUCUACAGUCUGUGUGGAGAAAUUACAAGUUGAAUAAGAUUACUGACUCCAUCGACAGCAGGCUGAUGAUUGACUUUGAAGAACAGGAGGCAUCGCGUGUGCUUCAGCUAGGGCUACUGUGCACACAAACUAGAAGAUUUUCACGACCAUCUAUGUCUGAAGUAGUGACGAUCUUAAGAAACGAAGAAACUGUAAUUCCAGUGCCAAUGCAACCUCCAUUCCAGAACUCAAGUUUACUAGCUCCUCCAGACACACCAAGUAGUUCGUCCAUAAAUAAAGAUAGUUUCGGCUCAGAAUGGUAUUCCACUGACGGAAUUUCUAUUCAUUCUUCUGAGUUUACUAGCCAAUCUAGUUCUCAAUCAGGUGAAUUUUCGACAAGUGAAAACAGUAGACUUUUGAAAAAUUCUUGAAGAUUUUUGGUUGCUUGACCCCCAUUACUACUCAUGGAUUUACAUUAGUCCUCUCCAGGGCAAUGAACCAAAGAUCAAUGGAUUUGGUAUCGACCCAAUUUGCACAUAUGUAAACUUUCAGAGCAGAGCCAUGACUUGUAAAUCACAUAGUUGCUUUCGUUGGUGUAACUGUAACUAUAUACUUCAUGAGGAUGAAAUAGAUUGAAUCGAUAGAGCUGUCUGUGGAAAUGUACAUUGCCAGUACUGGAAAAUGCAAUACAGUUUCUUGACCUGAUAAAAUGGUCUUAUUAGUGUCACA